AUGGACUGUAGUCACGCGUACUGCGAAGGAGGCAUGGGGAAGACGAGCUUGAUGUUGAGGUUUAUUGCUUCGUCGCUUUGGCUCUGCCUCCUCUUUGCUGCUCUUGGGCGUGCCCAGGAUCUCGACGCCGACGAGGUACUGGAGGCGGGGGCACCCCCUCGUAGAUGCAUUAUUCCGUACUCCAGGAAUCCGAACCAGGACGACUCGCAGUCUAUCCUGCGCACUGUGAAUAGGUGCUCGACCAACUCGAUCAUCGAGUUUAGGCCGGCCAAUUAUAGUGUUUACACUCCCAUCUCGCUUUUGAAUCUUCGAAACGUCAAGAUUCUUUUGAAUGGGAAUAUUGUCCUCCCUUCGAAUAUAACGAAGGUGCAAGUCGAGAUUAACAAUACGCUGAACCAGCCUGCUCUUUAUGCCACGCCCUGGAUCUACAUCCAAGGGACGAACGUCGAGCUCGUUGGAUCAAGCGAUUUCAAGUACGGGCGCUUCUACAGUUUCGGGCAGCAAUGGUGGGACUUGGGUAUCCGGACCCUCCGACCGCACCUUGCAACAUUUAACGUCACGAACGGCCUUUUGAAGAACCUCAAGAUUAUCAAACCCAUUGCUUGGGGAUGGAGUAUCCCCGGCCAGAACAUCAGGAUUGAAAACCAUUUCGUGGAUGCGAAGCCCGAGAAUGCGACGCGGGAUGAUACAGUCAGCUUCCCUUUCAAUACCGAUGGGUUCAACUUGUCUGGCAAGAAUAUCACCAUUGACGGGUACUACGGACACAAUGGCGACGAUUGCGUUUCUGUCAUCAACGGAGCUCGAGACAUUGUCGCGAAGAACGGGUACUGUGGAUUUUCCUCCCAUGGACUCUCCAUCGGCUCUUUGGGGCGUGAUGGGGCGGAGCAUACAGUUAAAAAUGUGUUAUUCAAGAAUUGGACUAUGGAUGGAGCUGUGUAUGGCGCUCGGUUCAAGAGUUGGACUGGGGGAAGGGGAUAUGGAGAGAACAUUGCUUGGGAGGAUAUCACGCUCGUCAACGUAUCCACCGGUAUAUUCAUCACUCAGAACUACUAUGACCAAGACAAAGGACCGCGCCCACCCAAUCCAGGCAACACAAGCACCAAAGUGAUCAAUAUAUCCUUCAGGAACUUUAAAGGAAGUCUAGGUACCAAUUGGACUGUUAUUUUGGAUUUGUAUCCUGAUACUGCGACGAAUGUCACGUUGGAGAACAUCGAUAUACACCCAUUCAACCAGCCUGGAGAGGUGGCGAAUGUGAUGUGCGACCCGACGGCUCUAAGCGCGAGGGAGCAGAGUAGGCUGGGAUUCAAGUGCACCAACGGACCUUUCGAGGCGACGUAG